GACGUGGCUGAAAGCGAUUGGUCAAAGCUGCGUGGAGGUGCCUACCAGUUCCGUUGGUGGGACAGCCUAUAUAUAGGAAAUGAAAAAGCCCACUGUCUACAUUCGAACGGAACUUUAGUCAAGGAUAUAUUAAACAGGGCAGUACAGAGAUGGCAACGGGAACAGCUCCACCAAGAGGAAGUGCAGCAGCAGCAGCAAGCCUGCGCAGGAGGAGAACAACAAGCGGUGGGGGUGCCUCGGGAGGGGCUGCUGGUACUAUGCUUCAGUUCUACACCGAUGAUGCUCCAGGACUCAAGAUCUCUCCAAAUGUGGUGCUUGUAAUGAGCAUUGGUUUCAUUGCUUUUGUUGCAGUUCUCCAUAUCAUGGGCAAGUUUGUUCGUAGGGACUAGGAAGUAUUCCAAGCGUGUAGCAAACACUUUUUCUUUUUUUUUGGUCUUAACAGGAGCAAACACUUCCCAUUGUUAUAAUUUUUCAGUUUUCCUUAUUCCUGGAUUUGAUUUCAUUUGAUUAACCCAGACUUUCCUUAAUAAUGCAUAAUAGGAGAAGCCUUCCAAGCAA